UCACCCAAAUGAUACAAUGUCAGUGCUUUUUUCCAGCAGUUUGCGUGUCCGUCUCCCAGUGCUGAUACUUGUCCUGGAGGUUCUUCUGCUGCUGCUUUUUUCACUCUUUGUCACUUAUGAUGAGCAUGCACAUGCUUUGGCUCAAACCAAUGCAACUGACCAUAUGAAGAAUGAAGUUUACAGAGUGUAUCCCUUUUUUGCUGACGUGCAGGUUAUGAUUUUUAUUGGCUUUGCUUGUCUUCUUGCUUUUAUGAGGCUCUACGGUUUUGGGGGUGUUGUUUUCAACUUCCUGACAGCAACCUUCUCAGUCCAAUGGGCUAUAAUCAUUCAAGGCUUUUGUCACUUUUAUCAUGAUGGAAAGAUCCAUAUUGGUGUAUUUAACUUCAUUAAUGCUGAGUUUGCCUGUGCUGUGGUUCUGAUUUCAUUUGGAGCCGUUCUUGGUAAAACUAGCCCUGUACAGCUGCUUAUCAUGGCUCUCCUGGAGAUACCCAUAUUUGCAGUGACAGAUUGGCUAAUUGUCACUUAUCUUAAGAUUAAUGAUGCAGGCGGCUCCAUUGUGAUCCACAUUUUUGCCUGCUAUUUUGGACUUGGAGUGACUAGAAUGCUUUACAGGCCUUCUCUUAAUGAUGGGCAUGCUAACCUUACAACAUCAUACCAAUCAGACAUACUAUCUGUUCUUGGAACUCUCUUUCUCUGGGUCUUUUGGCCUUCUUUCAACAGUGCUCUGACUUUGCCAGGAGAUGACCAGCAUCGAGCUAUAAUUCACACUUUCAUUGGCCUGAGCUCUUCAACUUUGACUGCGUUUGCCCUUUCUGCUCUACUGGAUAAAAAGGGAAAAUUAAGCAUGAGUGACAUUCAGAAUGUAACUUUAGCUGGUGGCGUCACAGUGGGAGCUACGGUAGAUAUGAUGGUCACACCUGCAUGUGCUUUUGCUCUGGGAGUUGUUGGUUGUUGCGCAUGCAUGCUGGGCUAUAAAUACUUAACUCCUUUCAUGGCUACCAAAUUAAAAAUUCAAGACCAAUGUGGGAUCCAUAACCUCCAUGGCCUGACUGGACUUAUCUCGACACUGGCAGCUAUCAUUGCUAUUCUCAUGGCUAAUGAAGACACAUAUGGCUUAAGUUUUUAUGAGACAUUCCGUUAUAGAGCGCCAACUGCAGAAGAUCCAAAGCUGAAAGAGCUUCAAAGUGUAUUUCCAGAUAUUCAACCCGGAGAAGGUCGUAGUGCCUCUCAGCAAGCAAUUUAUCAAGUGGCAGCAUUAGGACUUGCUCUUGCCACAUCUGUACUGGGAGGCUUACUCACUGGAGCCAUCUUAAAGCUGCCAUUCCUGUCUCAACCAACUGAUGAUUACUGCUUUGAUGACAGAGUUUACUUUGAGGUUCCAAACGACUUUGAUGCAGCUUCAACGCCAGUAAACACUUACAACAUGGAAGACUUAAAAGUAUAAACAAUAAAAUGUAGAUUUAAAAAAAUGGUAUAAGCAGAGUGAAUUGCUUACUCUUUAGGCACUGUCUCACAGUGUACAAUUCUCUAGUAAUUCAUUUUUCAUAUUGAAAUUUAACCAAAUCAGUUUUUCAGCUAAAAAAAUGAAGCCUUACUCGGCAAUCUCAGAAAUAAAUAUUUCAUGCUAAGCUGUGAUUUGGGAUCCCAGGUGCCUCUUGAUAUGGUGGUGCUCAGUCUAGUAUCUAUGUUGCAUUAUAUAGAAAGUUUGUCUUCUAAUUUAUUAAAUAAAUAAAUCUUGAUUAGCAUUUUGAGGAUAAUGCAUAAAGUGCAUAACAAGUUUUAAUUUUUGCAUUGUAUUUUGAUGACUAUGCCUAUGAUAUAUGGUGCACUAUGAUCUUUGUUAUUUAAUUUAUUUUCUUUGCCAAUGAUAUUUUGAUUAACUGCAUCUACAUUUUUGGGGGUAUGCCAUUUUCAUCCACACAUUUCCUGUACCUGUUCAAUCCAGUUUUUCAUGGGAAGCUGAAAGCUAUCCUGAAAGUUCCAGAUCCAGUGAAAUAUUAAACCUGGACAAGACACAAACUGUUAUAACGUGUGUUAUAGGCAUUCACUGUUAGUCCUGGCUGAGGUUUAAAGAGGUUUGAUGUCUCUUAUGUUCAAUUUAAUCUUUCUGUUGAUUAUGCACAUCUUUCUUUAUUUUUGUUUUGUUUAUGUAUAAAACCUGCCUGUAUGUUCCUUGUGUUUUGUGGGGGGUCCUCCAAGAGCCAGGGCCACCUGCCGAUAACCUCCAGGAACUGCCCUGAGUUUCUACAGUACUUUUUAAUAUUUCUAGGCUUUUUAACCUUCUGUUCUGCGUUUUGACCACACUUUGGAUUUGUGAUUUUUUGGGUCAAUGUAUCUUUGGGACUGCCUUAUUGUCUAGAGCAAUUCAAUUUUGCCUUUGUGCUCCAUGAAGGUUCAUAGUCAUUGGAAUACUUAUUGUGAAUAAUAAACCUUUUAUUUUAUAAAGAUUUAGUGCUUGCCCUUAUUACCAGCCAGGGUUUGACAGUUAUAUCCCCCUCUAGUGAGCAUUUUGGAUGGGCUUUUGGAAUUUAUUAGGAUUUAUGUGCUUUGGAACUCCUAUUUCAUGACAGGAUGUGCCAAUUAUGAAUAUCAGACAUUAGCACUGAAGUUUACCUCUUAAAAGUUUUCUAAUGUCAGUAUAAUACCAAAUGUCUAAUCAUUCAGACUUAAACACAUUUUACCCUUUGCUGAUCACUUAUAUACUUAAUUCUGUCUGCUAUUGUUAGUAGGGAAGGAUGUAAUAUAUGCUAAAUGAAAGGCAUCUCAAAUCUUGAUACUAUAUACAGUGCAUCCGGAAAGUAUUCACAGCACAUCACUUUUUCCACAUUUUGUUAUGUUACAGCCUUAUUCCAAAAUGGAUUAAAUUCAUUUUUUCCUCAGAAUUCUACACACAAC